AUGACCAGCGGUACGCGCAUCUACGUGGGCCGCAUAAGCUACGACGUUCGCGAGCGAGAUAUAGAAAAGUUUUUCAAAGGUUAUGGCCGCAUUCGCGAGAUACUGCUCAAGGAUGGGUUUGCGUUUGUGGAAUUUGACGAUAAUCGAGACGCUGAAGAUGCCGUCUACGAGCUGAACGGCAAAGAUCUGCUUGGUGAACGAGUUCAUGUUGAGUUUGCUCGCGGGCCAGGCCGCGGUCGAGGUGGGGGCCGCUUCGGCGGCGGAGGAGGAGGAGGUAGUUUCAGCAGCAGCAGAUAUGGACCACCGCGCAACACUGAAUAUCGCGUCAUCGUGGAGAAUCUCAGCAGCCGAGUCUCUUGGCAGGAUCUGAAGGAUUUUAUGCGUCAGGCGGGAGAGGUGACCUACGCUGACGCGCACAAGCGCGAAAAGAAUAUGGGCAUCGUCGACUUUGCCUCCUACUCUGACAUGAAGGCCGCCGUGGAGAAGCUGGACGGCCACGAUCUGCAUGGCCGUCGCAUCCGCCUGCAGGAGGACAAGUCACGUCGUCGUCGUUCGCGCAGCCGAAGUCGCAGUCGCUCGAACCGCCGUGCGGCCACCAAGUCCCGAUCGCGUAGUCGCAGCCGAUCGAACCGCCGAGCCGCCAGCAAGUCCCGCUCGCGCAGUCGUAGCCCUGCUAGUCGUUCGCGCUCUCGCUCGCCGGCCACGGGCGCCGGAAAUGGCGAUCGCGAUCGCUCCCGCUCAGCCUCGGCCGAGCACUCCAGCGGCAAGGGCGGCGGCAGCAGCAGCGCAGUGAAGGCUGAACGCCGUUCACGUUCUCGUUCGCGCUCACGUUCAGGGUCGGCGGAGCGCAGCGGCGGUGCCGGAAACGGCGGGGGCAGCGGCGAUCGUGAUCGUCGCUCUCGCUCUCGUUCCGCCAAGUCCGAGUCGGAGUCUGAGCGCUCCAAGUCUCGUUCCCGCUCCAAGUCUCGCUCGCCCUCCAAGUCGCACUCCCGUUCCAAGUCACCCGCCGAUGAGGAGGAGGGCACUGAGCAAUCGUAA